AGAGAGAGAGAGAGAGAGAGAGAGAGAAGAGGCUGAGGAUGGUUCUUUCUUUUGCUUCAAAUAAGCUGACAAAUAUCUUUUAAUGGUACAGAGAUUGAUGGCGUUGCCAGAAGCAUCUCUGUGUUUAGAUCAUUUGUUUUUAUCCAGCGUCGGUGCAAAUCAUGGAAAACAAAGAAAUUUAGGGUUAGUAGAACUCCGUUAUAGUUUAAGAACAUUGGGAAAUGGAUUAAAGAGAUGUGGAUCUAAGAGUGUCGGUUUUUGUAGUACCGAUGACAGAAAGAACCUGACGAAAAGAUCAUGUUUUUUGAGAUGCAAAUGCCAAAAGGCUGAUAGUGAUAGUGGAUUAACCGCGGAUGAUGCGAGACCUGCAUCACUUUCUAUAAAUGGUAAGACUGAUGUGAAUAAUGUUCAAGAGUUGAAUCAACUGUUGCGAUCUGAUGGGGAAGCGUUUACUAAUGGCAAUACAAAUGGGGUCGGGACAGUAGAUGGUAGGAAAAUUGAGGAAGAAGCAUGGGAUUUGCUGAAGGAGUCUGUUGUUUAUUAUUGUAGUAAUCCGAUUAGAACGAUUGCUGCAAGUGAUACAAGCAGCUCAAGCAUUCUAAACUAUGAUCAAGUCUUUAUCCGUGAUUUCAUACCUUCGGGGAUAGCUUUUCUGUUGAGGGGAGAAUAUGAUAUUGUCCGGAGUUUCAUUCUGCACACACUUCAAUUGCAGAGCUGGGAGAAAACCAUGGAUUGUCAUAGUCCUGGUCAGGGGCUGAUGCCUGCCAGUUUCAAAGUGCGUACUGUUCCACUUGAUGGUGAUGGUUCUGUGACUGAAGAUGUAUUGGACCCUGACUUUGGUGAAGCAGCAAUUGGCCGUGUUGCUCCAGUUGAUUCUGGAUAAUGGUGGAUUAUACUUUUACGAGCAUAUGGAAAAUGCACCGGGGAUCUUUCAGUGCAGGAGAGAGUUGAUGUGCAAACUGGAAUUAAAAUGAUCUUAAAGCUCUGUCUUGCUGAUGGCUUUGACAUGUUCCCAACUUUGUUAGUGACAGAUGGUUCUUGCAUGAUAGAUCGUCGCAUGGGAAUUCAUGGUCAUCCUUUGGAAAUUCAGGCCCUCUUUUAUUCGGCGUUACUCUGUGCACGUGAGAUGCUUGCUCCUGAAGAUGCUUCAGCUGACCUUCUAAGAGCUCUUAACAAUCGUUUAGUUGCAUUAUCGUUUCACAUCAGAGAAUAUUACUGGAUUGACAUGAAAAAGCUUAAUGAAAUCUACCGUUACAAGACAGAAGAAUACUCAUAUGAUGCAGUUAAUAAGUUCAACAUCUACCCAGAUCAAAUCCCCUCCUGGUUGGUGGAUUUUAUGCCUGCCAGAGGAGGUUAUUUAAUUGGAAAUCUGCAGCCAGCUCACAUGGAUUUCCGUUUCUUUUCACUUGGAAACUUAUGGUCUAUUGUAGGCGGUCUUGCAACAGUUGGUCAGUCACAUGCCAUAUUGGAUCUUAUUGAAGAAAAAUGGUUGGAAUUGGUGGCUGAUAUGCCCUUGAAAAUAUGUUAUCCUGCUCUUGAGGGCCAAGAAUGGCGAAUUAUCACAGGAAGUGAUCCCAAGAACACUGCCUGGUCAUACCACAAUGGAGGUUCUUGGCCUACUUUGCUUUGGCAGCUUACUGUGGCGUGCUUGAAGAUGAACAGACCAGAGAUAGCUGAAAAAGCUGUCAUACUUGCUGAGAGACGCAUAUCUAGAGACAAGUGGCCAGAAUACUAUGACACUAGAAGAGCAAGAUUUAUUGGAAAGCAGUCACGGUUGUUUCAAACAUGGUCUAUCGCUGGAUACCUUGUGGCAAAGCUCCUCCUUGCUAACCCUAGUGCAGCAAAGGUUCUUAUAACUGAGGAGGACCCUGAACUUGUAAAUGCAUUUUCUUGCAUGCUCAGUGCCAACCCAAGGAGGAAACGAGGCCGAAAAGGAUUUAAACAGCCAUUCAUCAUAUGAGCUUGCGUUAAAGGUUCCUGUGAAGAAUUCUAUUCUUUACAUGUUUCGAAAGCGAAACGAGUAUCAUAUCAGCCCCCUACCUAGCUAAGUUGGGUUAUAUACAAUGUAGUAGUCGUUGUAACAUGGUUGUGUUUUGGAAGUUACAGUUACUAUCAGCAUGUUGCAUCCUCUUUCUGGUUUUUU